AUGUUGAUAAAAUCGGUUUUCAAAGCGAUCGCUCCAGCCGUGAAGAUGCAACCGAAAGUGGUGUUCGUUUUGGGGGGACCAGGAGCAGGAAAAGGCACCCAAUGCCAAAGAAUCGUUGAGACCUUCGGCUACGUCCAUUUAUCGGCAGGAGACUUGCUCAGAGAAGAAAGGAGCCAGCCGAACUCCCAAUUUGGGGAGCUGAUCGACAACUACAUCAAGGAAGGUAAAAUAGUGCCCGUAGAAAUAACCUGCAGCCUUCUGGACAAUGCCAUGAAGGCGUCUGGCAAAGAUAAGUUUCUCAUCGACGGUUUCCCGAGGAACCAGAACAAUUUAGAAGGGUGGAACAGCACAGUAGCAAAAAGGGUUCAACUACAAUUUAUCUUGUUUUUUGACUGUCCUCUGGAAAUAUGCUUGGAACGGUGCUUGCAAAGAGGUGCAGGCGGCAGUGGUAGAUCUGAUGACAAUCCAGAUAGUCUAAAGAAACGAUUCAAUACCUACUUGAAUGAAACUAGGCCAAUUAUAGAGUACUAUGAAAAAUCAGACUUGGUGAAGAGGAUUGAUGCAACCAGACCUGUAGAGGAGGUGUUUGAAGAUGUGAAGAGUAUAUUUCAAGGCUUGAAUUGUAUUGGUGGUGGUGAUCAAUAA